AUGGUCGUCAGGUGCGGCCACUCCGUGAUGGUCGUCAGGUGCGGCCACUCCGUGAUGGUCGUCAGUGCAGCUCCCCCCGCUCGCACCAACCCACUCCCUCCUCCCAAUACCUCCGCCUCUCCUCCUGAGCCCUCCAACGCGCCUAUUGUUGUGAGGAUGCGGCAACCUCGCUCUGCGCCCUCUCCCCCGCGCGGAGGCAGCGCCAUGGCGGAGGAGGCGCAGCAGGGGGUGGUGGAGGAGGAGGAGCCGUUGCAGGUGGAGUGGGCGCUCGUGGUGGACUGGUCCGCCGUGCCCGCCUUCCAGGCCAUUGCUGCUGCGCCCGUGUGGGCUGAGACAGUUUCUGCGCACGACAGUGCAGGAGGUAGUGUGGCGGUCGGCAGCGGCGAGAGUGGGCGUCUCUCGUCCCCCUUCGCACCUCCUGCAUUGACGCCUCAACGUGUAUCCACCUCUCAUGCUGCGUCCACUGCUGCACCUGUGCUCUUCUGCCAACCCUCUGCUGCUCCCCGAGCUGCCGACCUUCUCUCGCUCCAUCUGCUCCCUCAACGCCCUCCGUACAUCUCACCCCCCCCUUGCACCGCCACAGUGAGCGCGGCCUCAUGGCCAUCGGAUCGCCUCUACCUGGUGUGCUGUGUGCGCCUGUCCCCCGAGAAGAACGCCGCGCUGCUUCCCCCUCUGCUGCGCCUGCUGGCGCCCCACCUGCCAGCGCUGGGCGUCACGCCGCUGCUGUGCGCCGGCACUGCCGCCACACGCGGUGCCUUCGGGCAGGCCGUGCUGCAAGAGGUGGUGGCGGCUGCACCGGGCACUGUGGUGGUGGAUGGCUUCAUGGGGCCUGAACGGAUGGCCCAGGUGUACUCGCAGACGCUGCUGAACAUCCACCCCUGCCUGUACGACGCAUAUGGCAUGACGGUCGUCGAGGCAGCAGCCUUGGCCGCACCUUCCGUCAUCCACGUCGGCCCGGGCGGUGCAGUGGGAGCAGCCGAGCUCCUGCCGCCCCAAGAGCAGCUCGCACUGCCAGUCGACCUCUCUGCCGCGCUGCCAGCUGUCGCUGAGAGCAUCCUGGCGCUGCUGCGGGACAGGCAGCAUCUGGCGCAGGUGGGGCUGGCGGCGAGGCGGCGUAGCUUGGAGUGGAGUGAGGAGGCCAGUGCACGUAGCCUCACUGCCAUGCUGCAGAGGGCGUCGGUCUAA